AUGAAGACAUGUUUAAAUGCAGAGUUGUGGCAGGCGUGCUGGGCAGCUUCGCGGCGCUCGGACGCCGUCAACAGUUGUGCUCCUCUCGGCCUCCCGUCUGCUAACGCUGUGCCGCCUCCUCCGCCGCAGCAGCAAGAGAUGAAAGCCGGCCUUGAGGCCUGGCCCGGCCCGGCCCGGCACCAAGAGCUGAGGUGCGCUGGGGUGACAUGCGCCGUUCCGCCAGUGCCCUCCUGCCCUAAGGGUUCAGUCCUGACCCAGAGUUACACCCCCCCUGCUGGCUGCUGUCCCUCCCUACCGCCCCGAUGCACCUGUGACCUCCGAGCCUGCAGCAAGCCCCAGUGCCCUAGCGGACAGCGUGCCGCGUCGCUCAGCCGGGCCACGGGCCGGCCGGGAGACUGCUGCGACGUCUUUGAGUGCCAGAAAGUUUCGCCCAAGUGUGUCCACAACGGCAAGGAGUUUUCUGAGGGGGAGGUUUACCGCAUGGACCCCUGCUGGCUGUGCCAGUGCCGGGGAGGAAUCUCCUUCUGCUCCAAGGCAGAGUGCGCCGAACUGGACUGUGAGAACUUCUACAUCCCUGAGGGCGAGUGCUGCCCCGUGUGCAUAGAUGUGGAGCUACUGUCUUCGGACAGCACCGAGGCCAGCUGCUGGGUCAACAACAAGCUGCGCGGUCAUGAAGAGCAGUGGAAGGAGGACGACUGUACUUUCUGCCAGUGUGUGGACGGGGAGCCCCAUUGCACGGCCAUGGCCUGCAAACAGAGUUGCCAGAGCCCCGUGAAGAUUCCCGGGGAAUGCUGUCCUUUCUGCGAAGAGCCUUCAUAUGAGACGGUGAGCCCCAUGCUGUGUCCUCCAUUGGAGAAUUGCUCUCUGUCAGGGAAUGACUGUCCCUAUGGCUUCCUACAAGACAAGAAUGGAUGUCUGCUCUGCCAGUGUCUCAACAAUGACUCCUGCCCUGACCUGGGAAAAUACUGCUCCCUGCAAUGCCCAAUGGGAUACGAAAAGGACGACUUUGGCUGCGAGGUUUGCGAGUGCAGCAUCCCCAUGCCGAAGUGCCGACCUCUGACCUGUACAAAGACCUGCCCCUACGGAUAUGUGAGGAACAAGCAUGGCUGUGAGAUGUGUCGCUGUGUCAAGUGUCCCCCCUUCACCUGCGACAAGCACUGCAGCGAUGGCUACCGCCAGAACAGGAAGGGCUGCUCCAUCUGCAUGUGCAAAGAGAGUGGCCACGUCCCGAGCACCACCACCACCGUCCCGAUGCCCAGCUACUGCCUUACCUCCAACGGGCAGCGCUACCAGGAGGGAGAGAGCUGGCACGACGGCUGCCGCGACUGUUACUGCCACGCUGGGCGAGAGAUGUGUGUGCUCAUUUCCUGCCCUGUGCCCAGCUGUUCGCAUCCUGUCGUCAGAGCUGACCAGUGCUGCCCCACCUGUGAAGAUGAGUCGGGCAGUGGUCAGCCGGAGGGGUUGGAUAUGGUGGUGUGCAGAGCCCCGGGCGGGGAACUCUACGUGGAGGGCGAGACCUGGAAUCUGGACGAAUGCACGCGCUGCACCUGCAGGAAGGGGCGUGUCCUGUGCGACGUCGAGGUGUGUCCACCUGCUCUCUGCCAGGCACCGACCAGGAGCAAGGACACCUGUUGCCAUGUCUGCCAAGAGAACCAGAGCUCCUUGUUGCCAGUGAACACCAGCCAACAGGAGUACUGUAUAACCAGCGAUGGGGACGUGCUGCUGGCAGGAGACUCUUGGAAGGCCAAUGCCUGCACCAGUUGCACCUGCAACAACGGCACCAUUCAGUGCUUCUCUCAACGCUGCCCGGCCGCCAACUGUAGAGUGCCCGUCCUACGCAAGGGCCAGUGCUGCCCGCACUGCCUCGAAAUGACGACGACAUCGGUGCCAGUGAUCAUGUCCACCAAAGGCCCCAAGACCAGCGUCGUCACUGCCGCCACCACCACCACAACCACCCCCACCACAGUGGAGAGUGCUGCAUGGAUUACCACUGUCACUGUGCCCCCCAUCAUCCCUUCUACAGAUGCGCCAGGCGAGAACUACCCCAGCCAGACGGAGAUGACCCUUAUCUACCAAUCAGCCGCCUGGAUACUGGCAGGUCUCCUGCUGGCCAUCCUCAUUUUCCUCAUCAUUGCGUUGCUCAUCAACAGGAGGAUGAAGUGGGUGCAGAUGUCCUGCUACAGCGCCCCCAAAAAGACAGUAAUUCUGAAGAAGCAUGUCAACAAGAACUCGGUGGUCUACAUGGAGCCGUCCAAGGAGAACAAGUUUCAGAAUGUGAAGAACGACUGUGGCAUCAUCAACCUCUCCCAAGAGAUGAGCUCCCCAUGUGGGGAGAGGAUGACCAUCCCCAGGGCCAAGCUGAGCAUGAGCAACAACAGGGUGUCGCACUAAAGACCCCCCCCCCCCGCCGCAACACAGCACCUCACCCCGGCUGUUAUUGAUGGAUUCAAGGUGAUUUAUUAAACAACGCACCGUAGCUAGCUAGCUAGCUAGCUACACACACCUUGGGUGACGCCUCUUUCCCCUCCCUUACUUCAUGUGACAGUGAAACGAAAAGCCUCUUCCAAGAAAAAAAAAAAUCAAGUGACCUCUGUUCCUUUUAAUGUGUUCAUAUUUUUCUGUGUUUGGACCUUUGCCAUGGCCCAUUUGGUGGCAUGAUGAGAAACUGGGAGAUAACGAAGGUGGAGGUGAAAGGAUGGAUUAAGAAAGGACACUGCCACUUUGGGCCCUACUUUAACCACAGAAAAAGAGGCAUUCAGAGCGGUUCCUCUGCCAGAGACGGUCUUCGACUGCGAACGUUGGAAUAUCACCACCUAUAAGCUGAUAAGAGGAAUAUUAAAAGCUUUAGGACAGGGGUUUGGGUUGUAGUUUAAAUUAGCGUUGAGGAGCUGGUCAUUGGAGUGCAGCGGUACUUGGUGGAACUCAUCAUUAAGAGAGGAGGAUUAUUAAAAAAAAAUUGGUUUUUUUCCCAGUUGGAUCAAAUUGAGCUGGAUGGGAGGUUAAGCAAGCAUUUAUCAUGAGAAGCCAACAGACUUAACAGGCCAACAGACCCCAAACUCUUGCUUUUGAAAGUUUGGGUUCCAUUGUAGUUUUUUUUUUUUUGUAUAUUUAUACAGUAUUUGUAUUAGUUGUAGUGUUGCUUUUGGCCACCAUUUGUUUUAGUAUGGGUGUCUCCAUGGUGGCCAUAUUGAAACAUUUCCAAAUGGCAGUCCAACCCCCCAACAAGUCCACAGGAGUGGUUUCUAACCUCACGUGACACGAGUCAUUCCAUUCAGAAAAGUCUGACAAUAAACCAUACCGCCAAAUGAUGAACCAUGUGAAUCAUACUCUGCCUCAGUAAAGUCUGCCGUACGGCAGCCAACAGCCUUCAUCCUUCCACACCAGCUCCUCCACCUUGGCUCUUCUGGAGGAAUCGGCCCAUCAGUCAUACUUACUUAAUCUCAGACCGGCAGACUUGAAAUUGAAUUGGAGUGAUGUUCACCCGGAGAGAAUGUUAUUUUAUAGCCUGCAGAGAAGACAAAAUGGUGCCAGACUGUUGAUCUGGCCCGAUGAGGAAUGUCUUUGAUACCAAGCCUCACCUCAUAACUAUAUUUACAGCUGUGUGUGGAGCUACUGCUCCCACAGAAUGUUAGCAAUGGUUAGUAAUCAUCCUUUUAAAAAAAAGAAGAAAAAAAGCCUUUAUUUCAUAGCCUUGUGUAUUUUCUUUGUUGACAUCUUGUUUUGCAUUUAAUAUUUUGU